UUCAGUGGCACCGCCUCCAUUCUCUCUCACUGGUUCUUUCAUUCACAGGGCUCACUUUUCGUUCUCUUUUCUGCCUCUCCGCACGCCUCAAACUCAUUUUUUUAGCCAUACUCACCACCAAAGAGACCCCUGUGUGACCACCGACAACUCAUCCCCCCGCCUCAACCACGCAUUGACAGAACUUUAAUUCCUCCGCCAAGUGUGUCAAGUGUUCCACCAUGACGCAGAGCAACGGGGAGGACCCGCAGAGAGCCCGGCGAGGUCUCCGGCAGAUCCAAGCAGGCAUCCAGUCCCGCUCGCUGCUGGCCAGGAAAAGAAUUUUGAACAUCAGCAAAAAUGACGUGAAGGGCUUCUUUAUAAGGAACGCCUUUGUUUUAUUCACCGUGGCAGCAGUUAUCAUUGGUAUCAUUCUGGGGUUCGCCCUGCGGCCUUACAACAUGUCCUACCGUGAUGUCAAGUUCUUCUCUUUCCCUGGAGAACUGCUGAUGAGGAUGCUGCAGAUGUUGGUGCUGCCCUUGCUUGUGUCCAGCCUUAUUACGGGCAUGGCUGCACUCGACAGCCGGGCUUCAGGUAAAAUGGGCAUGAGGGCGGUGGUCUAUUACACUACCACCACGGUCAUUGCCGUGUUCAUCGGCAUCGUCAUGGUGCUCAUCAUCCACCCCGGCAAAGGCUCAAAAGAAGAGUUUACCAACAAGCAACAGAUCGAGAGCGUAAACCCCGCUGACGCCUUCCUGGACCUUAUCAGGAAUAUGUUCCCUCCGAACCUGGUGGAAGCUUGUACUAAACAGUUCAAGACGCAGUACGCCAAGAGGGUGGUCCAGAUCAAUGUGACAGUCAACAAGUCUGUGUUCUUGCUCAACGGGAGCAAAGUGAUGGCAACGGAGGAGAUGAUCCCCGUACCUGGUACCGUCAAUGGGAUCAAUGCGCUGGGUCUGGUGGUCUUCUCCAUGUGCUUCGGGUUGAUCAUCGGGCGCAUGGGGGAGCAGGGACAGCCUCUAAGGGACUUCUUUGACUGUCUCAACGAGGCCAUCAUGAGGCUGGUGGCAAUCAUCAUGUGGUAUGCCCCUAUUGGUAUCCUGUUCCUGAUUGCGGGUAAAAUCGUGGAGAUGGACGACAUAACAGCAAUGGGUGGCCAGCUGGGAAUGUACACGGUCACCGUCAUCUCUGGCCUUCUCAUCCAUGCCAUAGUGGUCCUACCCACCCUCUACUUCGUGGUCACUCGGAAGAACCCCUUUGUCUUCAUUGGAGGGCUGCUGCAGGCCCUUAUCACGGCGUUAGGAACCUCCUCCAGCUCGGCCACGCUGCCCAUCUCGUUCAAGUGCCUUGAGGAAAACAACAAAGUGGACAAGCGGGUAACCCGUUUUGUACUCCCGGUGGGAGCCACAAUCAACAUGGAUGGCACCGCCUUGUAUGAAGCGCUGGCGGCCAUCUUUAUCGCUCAAGUGAACAACUUUGACCUCAAUUUCGGGCAGAUUCUCACCAUCAGCAUCACCGCCACAGCAGCCAGCAUCGGAGCCGCUGGAAUCCCCCAGGCAGGGCUGGUUACCAUGGUGAUAGUGCUCACAUCAGUGGGCCUGCCCACUGAUGAUAUCUCGCUAAUCAUCGCUGUUGAUUGGUUCCUGGACCGGCUGCGUACCAUUACCAAUGUACUCGGAGACUCCAUCGGGGCUGGGAUCGUGGAGCAUCUAUCUCGCCAUGAAUUAACCGCAGACCCAGAGGACAACCAUUCAGCAGCAGCGGAGGAAGCGGAUAGGAAGCCUUACCGGCUAAUCUCCCAUGAGAACGAGUACGAGAAUGAGAGGCCCACUGUCGACAGCGAAACCAAAAUGUAGUACAGUUUUGAUGUUUACACUGAUAUUUUCUAGUGAACAAUCCACAUUGCCGCUUCAUUGAAAAUUGAACAAUGCAAACUUGGGAAAGACAAAAUAGCUGCGAAUCAAAAAACAUAUAUACAGUAAUUUUCACACUAUAAGGUGCGCCUGUAUGCAGGUAGAUUUGUGUUUUUAUUAUUUAAUCAAAAAAAAAGUUGCUUCAGUCAAAUAAGUUGCUUCAAUCAAAAUAUAUAUUUUCAAUCGAAGAAAACGUCACUUCAAUCAAAAAAAAAUGUGUUUGAAUGCAAAAAUUUGAAACUCAAAAAAAUAUAUUUGAAAACUAUUUUUCUUUGAUUGAAUUUUUUUUUUUUUGAUUAAAGUCUUUUUUUUUUUUUUGAGUGAAACACCAUUUUUGAUUGAAGUCAUGUAAUUUUGCGUUUGGACCACAUUUUAGCCAGGACAUUUGUGUCUUUAUUCAAUCAAAAAAUAAGUUGCUUCAAACAAAAAAAUAUAUAUUUUCAAAAGAAAAAUCACUUCAAAAUUUUUUUAAAAAAAUCAAUCGUAGAAAAAAAGGUUUGAAUGUGGAAAAAAAAAAUUGAGACUCAGAAAUUCGCAUUUGAACACUUUAUUUUUCAUUCAAACUGUUUUCUUUGAUUGAAGCAAUCCUUUUUGUUUGUGCCAUAUUAGGGGUAGGACAUUUGUGUCUAAAUCAUUCAAUCGCAAUAAAAGUUGCUUUAAUCAAAAAACUUUUUAAUCAAAGAAAAAAAUCAUUUGCAAAAAUAUAUAUAUUUUUAAAAUAUAUAUUUUUGAAAUAUAUUUUUUA